AAAAUAUUAACAAGAAUAAAAGCACAGCUGUGUUUGUUUAUGAAUUCCCUUUAAAAGGGCCACAGUCCAUUAUAUGUGAGCCCUGCUCUCUACCAAAUCCUGUUCAGCUUUCAACUUUCAAUUGAAACCAUGCAGUCAUCACUGUUAGUUCAUUCUCUAAAGCCCAAACACGUUCUGUGUUUUCAGCAGAUUUUUAAACUACAAAACCGACAGAAGCUGAUUGGCCUGUGCUGGACGAGGCCCAUUGUCUGAGCGCUGUGUUUGUCAUGACCCCCAGUGUUCCCCUCUUCACCUUGUCAAAUGCUACAGCUAAUAGCUCACUGCAAAUUCGCUUGUUGUUGGCAUUAUAGCAUCUUGUUGUAUUUUGUCAGACAGCCCGGUCUCCGUACGUUUCCUCAUUACGGUGUAAGAUGUACAGUUUUAUGGGUGGAGGGCUGUUCUGUGCAGGCGUCGGGAACAUCCUCCUGAUUGUUUCCACAGCAACUGAUUACUGGAUGCAGUAUCGUCAGUCCAGCAACUACAUGCACCAGGGCCUGUGGCGCUACUGUACACCAGGGAAAUGCUUCCCCUACAGCGACAGUGUCGCACAUUUAGACGCCACACGUGCCCUCAUGAUCCUGUCUCUAAUGGCCUGUUUCAUUGGUAUCAUCAUCGGCAUCAUGGCCUUCAUCCACUACUCCUCAUUUGACAAGUUCGACAAAACCUUCGCUGCAGGCAUACUGUUUUUCGUCUCAUGUAUAUUAGUUUUCCUAGCAAUGGCUGUGUACACAGGUGUGACCGUUAACUAUUACGGAAAACGCUAUGGAAACUGGAGGUUCUCCUGGUCCUACAUCAUUGGCUGGGUGGCAGUGGUGCUCAACUUCUUUUCAGGUAUCUUUUUUAUGUGCGCCUAUCGGAUGCACGAAUGCCCCAGAAGCGUCAACUCUAACUAGAACACCUUCAUCUGCAAGUAGUGGAUCAUGACGAUGAAAACGAUGGAUCACGACCGUGAGGACUGCGUUAAAGAUUUGUGUGUAGACGAAUCAAACAUGUCCCCUUCAGAACAAGGCUAAUUGAUAUUAAAUAAAUAAAAAUACUGAGUCCAACAUGACUGUUUUGGUUCUUGUCCAUGGUGUUUGCUUUCAUCGGUUUGUCCAUGAUUAUCUUAUGUGGGAUUUUUUUUUAUAUAUAUAGUUUUUAUUUGGAACAGAUUUCAGUUAUCUUUAUGCAAAGUGUUCCUUAACAUUCCCAUAAAGUUAAAUAGAAAAAACAAAUAAAACUACAAAUUAUUUAAUUAUAUAUACAUAUAUACAGAGAGAAGCAAGAUUUAGGUAUAUGUAUUUAUGUUGAUUUUUUUAGUAUUCAAAACAAAUAUAUACAAAUAUUCAGCCAAUCCGUUUAAUGCAGCAGUGUUUAUACAGCAUUAUACACAAAAGUCACUGCUGAAUUCCCUUUAAACUCACAUAUGGUUACAUUUCAUAAUAGCAUACCACGCUAUACAAUUAAUAUGUGCCUUGUACAAACAAAAAAGAAAAGAAAAAUAUAAACCCACAAUUCCUAACGUCAAUGUUAAGAAAUAAAAAAAGAUAUAAAAAAAGAUAAAAAGAUAUUUUAGGUAGAAUAGUGUUUUUAUAACAAUACUGAUGUCAUUGUCGACACACAAGCCUUUUUUACUAGGUUGUCCACAUUUUUUUAAGCCCAUUUUUCAUCCAAACGCAGGUGGUGGCCCAGGACUGUCGCAGGGUGCUGGCUUAAAGCCCAUGUGCUGCUUCUACCCUCUUAUCCAAACGCACCACUUAAUCGAGUGACGCACCACCAGAGAGGCUGAAAUUUUCACUUAAUGAAAUGGCCACAAAAAGCAGCUUAUGGCUGUGGCCCAAAAACGGCUCCUUAAGGCGAUUUCACCGCCAUUUGUUUCACUUACUUUCUAAUUUUCCUCUAAAAGCAACCUGUUAUCCUGGUGCGCUAUGUCAAAGGAGUUGACGCACGGCCGUGUGCUGCAGGUUAGAAAGGUGCGCCUCCAGCUGCUGGUGAAUUCAUCUUUUAUUAUAAUAAUAAUAAUAAUAAAUGAAGACAGAGUUAAGUUCUAAUGUGGUUUAAUCUGCUGGAAAUGUUUUUCUCUUUUGUGUGUGACUCAUAUUGGCACAGUCUUCAUCACAUCACAGAUGUGCUCUUCUGCAUUUUCUGUUCAUGUUCAUGGUUUCAUGUUGAAUGCAGAACCAUGAGCUGGAAACAAAUGCACAGGGACAGAGCUGCUUCCACAGUAACUGGGUCCAGUAAUGAAUUUGUCCUCGCUGGGUCUGGUCACGUGGAAAUCCUGUCCUCCAUCCUGAGGAUUACAACUUCCGCUCCGAACGUCUCCCUCAGUCUAAUUGCCUAAUAGCAUUGCAGCGCGAAUUCUGCCUACAUUAAGACACUUUCACAUUAACUGGCCUGAUUGGAAAUGUGAUGACAACACCAUAUCAACAAAUUACAGCGCACCGCUUUCUGCCGCAAAUGGGCACAGGAGCGGCACUUGUACUCUCCCGGAUUUUAAUACCAACAAUUACAGCCAAUUUGGGAGAAAUUAGCGCAGCAGUCCGACCUGGAGCAGCCCCGUCCUCCUGUGGCACAGGCUCCACCUGCGCAAACACGGACAAAAUAUCGUCCAUGUCUACAGAAAGUUUGUUAUUGAAUGUUUUUUUUCUUUAAUUAAUUUGCACAUUUCCAUCACCCAAAAUAUGUCUUAUUAUAACACAGUGGUCAAAUAAAAACACGUCCCUAUCACCGAGGGAUAAC